CCCGCCCAUAAAACCCGUACCCACACACGAUAGCCCUUCGAAGACAAUCCUCUCUUUUUCUCUCCUCUUAAACAAGUACCCAUCGUCGCAACAUCCACUCUCGGCUUCUUUGGGCCGUAACGGAUAGGCCAGCCAGGCCCCAACCGUAGUUCCUCGUUGAGCGGCCACCAUGCCGUACCGCCAACAUCUCUCCGUGCUCUACUCGCCACUAGCCCAUUUUCUCCAUUAAUUUAUCCAUCAAAUAUCGAAUAAUCCUUUAAAUUCCGUAAAUACCGGGGAUCGAACUCCCGGAGUUUGCGCAUUUCUGUGAACAUAUCAAAAAGUUGGAGUUCUUGGAUUAUUCUGAGGAAAGUACUUUACUGGAGUUCUGGUACUUUGGAGAAGUUCAUCUGUGAAACGUUCCAGAAAUGCCUGAUACAAGUAAAAAUAGUGUGCAGGAGGUACUUUUACUACUUGCUACGAGAAUUGCAGACAGAGGACGAGUCAGCCAUUGACUUUUCUCGCUGGGCCCAAGUACUAAGAAUUUUGAUAAUUUUCCACAAGUCCCGAACUCCUCAGAACCGCUCAGUCCUGCCAACAAGUACUUCCUCCACUGAUGAACAGUAUUUUUUCUCUGAGCGUGAAGAAUUGGGCCCGAGCAAGGCGAAAAAAUGCUGCGACACCGGCAAGAGUCAACCGCUGGAGAUUCGGGCGGUCGGUGAUGGUGCGGGCGGUAUCAGCGGUUCUGGAGAAAUUUAAUACGAACUUUGUAAAAAGAAAUUGGGAAUCAUGCGAGUGAGUCCCAUCGUGUUUUCGGCGGUGGCGGUUUUGGGCGGUCGUACUGCCACGGCGGAUGGGCCUGAUAGUGCGUACGAGAUGAUGAUAGGCCUCUCCACGGGGACCACCACUAUGAGAACCAUCGGACUGAUCCGGCGGAAUCCCGCUGAAUUGUCCACUGAAUUUUUUGUUAUUCCGGAUGUGGGAGCGGUCGGAGGGAAUAACAGUGUUGGAAGUGUCGCUAGUGUUAUCAACGUACCGCCACCCAACAGGACAAUCUCAAUCAGUCAUCCCACCAGGAAUGUAGGAUACGUCGAGGAUACCAGAUUCACCCCCGGAGCACCACAUUCCAAUUUUUAUCAAAAUGUUUUGAGGGAGCGAUCUUGGGCCUUACCACUGGCCGCUCUCAGUGCAGCGGUCAUGCUCCUCAUGGCGGUUUUCGAGAUUUUCGUCUUACUCAAGGCAAGGGCAGCUGCUCCCAACAGACGUCACCUAUUCCUGGGUCAAGCUCUCCUCCUGGGACUAUUUAUGAUGGCGGGAUUAUCAGCAGCUGCUUCACUUGCUCCAAAUCCCCUAUCGUGUGCAGCAUUUAGACUAGUUGGAUUACCAGCGGCCCUCGUAUUUGCUGCUCUACUCGUCAAGUGCGUAUUCUUGCUUUCUCUCAACAGCGGAAUUUAUCUCCCAGCGCCUUAUCAGGCCCUCGUUCUACUCUUCGCUGUGCUCGUUCAAGUUGCAAUUGUCGGUCAGUGGUUUUACGGUGAAAUACCGGACGUUAUUCGACCGUGCAGCAUUGGGACAAAGAAGCUCCAGACAGCCGCAAGUAUUCAGUCUCAUUACACAUGCUGUAAGACACCUAUUGGCCAGACUGUUGCCUCCCUGAGUUAUCCAGCGGUUCUUUUGCUGGCGGUGGCAGGUCUAGCAGUUCGGGCCCGUGGGAUCCGGGAUAAUCACCGAGAGGCGGCCUUCAUCGGUAUCGCGGUGGGUCUGACAAUUCCCAUCUGGUUGACAAGUGCAAUCGGAACGAUAAUCGCAAGUGAACACGAUCGAGAGGCUUGGCUGGCCUAUGGCCUCCUCUCGACCUCCCUCGUCCUCUUUCUCACAAUGUUUUUGCCGAAGGGUCGACAGCUGGCAGCACUGGGACGAGAGGGACCCGGGGGAAUCCCCAGUGUUGUCAUGAGGAACGACAGAAUUGGCGGGAGGAGGGAUCGGGAUGAGGACCACUUGAGCUCCCUACCUGGCAGCGGCUAUUCCUUUUUUCAUUUUAAACCAGCUGACGGCGGCACUUUCAAACGAAAAAUUGAUUAUCACAGCACUGAUCGAAUUGCUCUGGUCUCUUCAGCAAUACCUGGGUGCAAUGCUUGCAGACACGGGAAUAGUCCAGUUUAUUCUGAAGAUGUGCAGGCACCUUUGGAGACUUUCGUGCUGCCUCACGGAAUGUACAUCCCGGAUUCAGAGCUGGAUGCUGCCAAUCUUUACACAACACUAUCAGCCAAUCCCAAUGUAUUCUUCCAACGCGCCCACCCUGGCAUGAUCUACUGAAUUUUCCCCCAGCUGAUUGGAGAUAGUUCUACGAAAAGUCAUUAUGCUUAAUGAAUGAAUGUAUUUUUUCUAUUUUUUUUUCUAUUUUUAUACGCUCAUACGUGUAUGUGAUCGAGGAUUCAAUAAAGACGAGAGAAAUUUUA